AAUAUCCACGUAGUGGCUGCAGUUUCAUCUCAGGUUUGGCAGCUAUGCAUUCUGGGCGAACUACUGGUAAAGGGCCCUCCGCUCCCAUGCAGAUUGACCAGCAACCUCCAAGGCUUCUUAUUGUGCACAUUGCUCUACCAUCCUGGGCUGACAUCUGCUCCAACCUCUGUGAGGCUCUGCAGAACUUUUUCUCUCUAGCCUGCAGCUUGAUGGGCCCCAGCCGCAUGUCCCUGUUCAGUUUAUACAUGGUACAAAAUCAACACGAGUGUAUCCUCCCUUUUGUGCAAGUAAAAGGGAACUUUGCUAGGUUGCAGACCUGCAUCUCAGAGCUCCGCAUGUUACAGAGGGAAGGUUGUUUCAGACCACAAGGUACUUCUCUGCAGCUGGCAGUAGAAGAUGGGCUCCAGCAGUUCAAACAGUACAGCCGACAUGUGACCAUAGGAACAGUUCUGACCUGCACUUCCCUGGAGAUUACCAUUCUGACUUCCCAACCUGGUAAAGAGGUGGUCAAACAAUUGGAGGAAGGGUUGAAAGAUACAGACCUCGUCAGAGUUAGGAGGCUUCAGGUUGUUGAAGUCACAAAGGGAAUCCUAGAAUAUGUGGACUCAGCAUCUCCUAUUGAAGAGCACAGCAAUGAUGGUAAGAAUUUUGUACAACAAGGUAAAAAGAAUGGCAUGGGUGGUGUGAUGUGCUAUGGCCGUCAUGGAGGCCAUGGCGGUGGCGCCGGCGGCUGCUGUGUCUUUGCUGCAGUGACUGUCUAG